CUGUGUGAGCUCCUGUCAUGGUGAUCUGGAAACUUGGGCUGGACAGGUGUGCAGUGACCACGUCGCCCUGGGUGACCUUCCUCGGAUGUGGACUUGGCCCUGAGCAUCCUUCCACCAGGCCCCUCGCCUGGGUACCAUCGAGAAAUGCCCGCCUUUGUGUCUAAGUGACAGCGCAGAGGCAGCCUCCGCUACCGAGAUCAUCUUCUGGGUCACCCAAGUUUCCAGACCGCUUCUCUUUCCAGCUCUCAUGGGGACCACAGAAGCUACACUAAGGAUGGAAAAUGUGGACGUGAGGGAUGAAUGGCAGGAUGAGGAUCUGCCCAGACCGCUCCCAGAAGACACCGGGGUGGAGCGGCUGGGUGGUGCAGUGGAAGACUCCUCCUCGCCUCCCUCCACCCUGAACUUGAGCGGAGCACAUCGAAAGAGAAAGACGCUGGUGGCCCCAGAGAUCAACAUCUCCCUGGACCAAAGCGAGGGCUCUCUGCUGUCCGACGACUUCCUCGACACGCCUGAUGACCUGGACAUCAAUGUGGACGACAUUGAGACGCCAGAUGAAACUGACUCUCUGGAGUUCUUGGGAAAUGGCAAUGAACUUGAGUGGGAAGAUGACACCCCAGUGGCCACCGCCAAAAACAUGCCUGGUGACAGUGCGGACCUGUUUGGGGACGGCUCUGCGGAAGACGGCAGUGCAGCCAAUGGUCGUCUGUGGAGGACUGUCAUCAUAGGGGAGCAAGAACAUCGCAUCGACCUGCAUAUGAUCCGGCCCUACAUGAAGGUGGUCACCCAUGGAGGAUACUACGGGGAAGGUCUCAACGCCAUCAUCGUGUUUGCAGCCUGCUUCCUGCCAGAUAGCAGCUCCCCAGACUAUCACUACAUCAUGGAGAAUCUCUUCCUGUACGUCAUCAGCAGCCUAGAACUGCUCGUGGCUGAGGACUACAUGAUCGUGUAUCUGAACGGCGCCACGCCCCGGAGGAGGAUGCCCGGUAUUGGCUGGCUGAAGAAGUGUUACCACAUGAUUGACAGGAGACUGAGGAAGAAUCUAAAGUCCCUGAUCAUCGUCCACCCCUCCUGGUUCAUCCGCACUGUGUUGGCCAUCUCCCGGCCCUUCAUCAGUGUCAAAUUCAUUAGUAAAAUCCAGUACGUGCACAGCCUGGAAGAGCUGGAGCGACUGAUUCCCAUGGAACAUGUGCAGCUGCCAGACUGUGUCCUGCAAUAUGAAGAGCAGAGACUCCGAGCCAAGAGGGAGAGCACACGGCCACCGCAGCCGGAGUUCCUCCUUCCCAGGUCAGAAGAAAAGCCAGAGACUGUGGAAGAAGAGGACAGGGCAGCAGAGGCAACAGAGGACCAGGAAACUAGCAUGUCCUGAUCUACCCAGAACCUAGACAUGGACAGAGAUUAUUCCCAACAUCAUGUAACCCUCAUCCGAAGCCCUGGGAGCCCCGCCUUCAUCGAGCCUCCACCGCCCGAGGACGCCUGGCUCCACCAUGUCCCCUGCACCCGGGUCCUCUCACUGCUUGAGUCCAUUUCACUGUUUUAUUUUGAAGAAGGCGGUAUGAGCACAUCUCGGAAUGGAGCAGGUUCUUGACCCUUUCACAGUCUGGGCUUGUGGAUGCCAAAGGUGGACGUGGGCAGUGCCACCCACGGUUACUCUUCCAGGCCUUGGCAUCCCCAAGAUGCCCUUCUCUGUCCCAGCUAGGAUAACACAGAUGUGCAUUUUGGGCUGACCCAAUGAGAGACCCUUUGCUCGGUUGCCACCUGUCCCUAGCUGGAGCCUCAGAUGUCUGGUGGCCCUGGCUGCAGCUGCAUCUGCUUCUCUGUGGAAUGUGACCCACUGUCCCCUCUCCCUGCCACCCCAGGCAGGGUUGUGACUGCUGACCUCACAUCUCCACCUGACAUGCCCUAUUCUGCCAUUUGACUGUCUUUGGGGGCUUUCAAGCCUAUUGCACAUGUACUGAUCAGCCUGGUGGUCAACAAACCCAACAUUUUUGAGCUCCUUUAAAGUAGAUGUGACUCCA